AUGAGAGUUUAAUUCUAAACUGAUUAUGACACUAGAGUUACUCAUAACCCAUCAAAAAAGAAAGAAUUUUCACAAAAUACUAAAUAGUCUGAUAUAACAGUACUUUAAAAUUAUGAAUCGAAUUAUAACAAAAUUGAAUAAAUUCCUGGACAUAUGAGAUCUAAAUCCUAUGAACAUGAUUGCUUAACCAAAGCAUCAAAUACUUUUGGACUUAAUAUUGAUUAAGCAUAAGCUUAACCACUUAAAACAAAGCGCUAACACAGUAUUUCAUAAAAAGAAAAUGAUCCAGGAUUUAUUUCUCCAAAAUUUAGAUUUGAAAGUUGUGAUACUCUUAUUACAAGAAAAUCCUAAAAGUAACUUAUCUAAAUAAAACAAUAUUAGUAGUUUUAUCAAUGAACUCUAGGAAUGUGUUGACCUUUCAAAAGUAACUGAACUAUCUAUGUAAUCUUAAUUAUCUCCCAGUAAAGCAUAUAGUGAAUUAUAUUAAAAAAUAGAAGCUAAAGAUUAGUUAAUUGAUGAACUUCAAAAAUAAUUAACAAGUUCAAUCAAGAACAUGACUUUGCAAGUAGAUUUAAUUAGAAAUGAAAAACAUCAAGUUAUUCAGUAAUAGAUUAGAUAACUAGAAAUUUAUGAAUAAUAGUUACAUGAAAGUAGAUAAGAAGCAUAACAAAAAAAUAUAGAAUUGAUCGAUUUAAAAAAAAAUUAUAAAGAAUUAAAAAAGCUAUUAGAUGCAAAAUAAGAUUUAUUCUAGUUUAAUUGUAUUUAUACAAUUAUAUUAAUUAGCAAUUCAAUCUAAUUUUUAAUCAAAAAAAGAGUGUAUAUGUUGCUCUUAAUUAGAAAGAGAAAAUAAAGCUUUGCUUGCCAAAGUUGAAUAAUUUAGACAUUAGUUAUAGGUUUUAAAACAUAAUCUUGAAUUUAAUAAUUUAUCAAUGAAUAAUCAAAUUUCUGUUAUAGAAAAAUGUGAUCUAACAUAAUUUGAAAAAACAUUUAAAAAAUUAGCUGAUGAAUUAAAUUUAACUAUAGAUAGCAAAAAUAUCAAUUCAAGCUUUAGUUUAUUAAAUUAAGAAGUCAUUGAAGGAGUAAAAACUCUAAAAUAAUAAUAUAAAGAAAAUGAAAAAUUUUUGAGAUGCUUAAAAGAUUUAGUUAUUUAAUGUGCUCCAUAAGACUAUUUUUUCUAAAUGGAUCCAAGUUUGAAAGAAGUAUGGAAAUUUAUAAAAUAAAUACUUUAAUCAUAUUUAGAAAAUAAAAAAUAAGCAUUUUAAAAUGAAGUAUCAUACAUUUUUAUAAAUUAGGACAUUGUUCUAACAUUGUGUAAAUACUUUAGAUGUAAUAAAACAGAAUUAAAUCAUAAAGGAGCUUGUCUGAUUGUUGAUUAAGAGGUUUAUUAAAGAAUUGUUGAAAAAGUUAAACGAAUUUUUAAUUUAUCUUCUUUAUAUAAUAUUAGGGAACUUGAUAAAAAAUUGGAUUAUUAUUUAUAAUGA